AUGAUGCGUAACAAAGCCAGAAAGAUCUGGCAAAAGAUUUCAACGUCUCGUCAAUCAUACGAAUAUCUCCCGUUAGAUCCGCGCCAAGUUAGGAUCUUGACAUUGCACCCAAGCAAAAGUUUUGAAGGUCCCCUUAUCAUCACACUUCGCACAUGCGACCUCCGCACGAGUACAGAUAGCUAUGAGGCCCUCUCCUAUGUCUGGGGAAACCCAACACGCAACAUCAGCAUUGAAUGUAAUGGAGCUGUGCUGGAGAUAACCCCUAGCUUGGAAAUUGCUUUACGCCGACUCCGCUUGCAGAACGAAUAUCGAGUGCUAUGGGUUGAUGCGAUAUGUAUAAAUCAAGAUGAUCUCGAAGAACGAGCACAGCAGGUUCCGCUCAUGAGAGAAAUUUACCCCAGAGCUGCGAAAGUCGAUAUAUGGCUUGGUGAAGCGGACGAAGAUACGGAACUAGCUUUGGAAACCAUACGAACUUGGGCAAUCUUCAACAGUCAGUACCGUGAUAAUAGUGAUUCGACUCGCUAUGCAAAAUUUGAAGAGCAAUUCGCCUUCAAGCCCGGCUAUCGCACAAUGCUGAAAGCUGUUGGAGCUCUUACAUGUCGAUCCUGGUUUGACCGAUGUUGGACUUUCCAAGAGGUUAUCCUCUCUACCAAUGCAGAGCUACAAAUUGGCGAAUUCCGUCUCUCGUGGGAUUGUUUUUACCAUGCACUCGAGGCUUUUCCUGUGCACCUUUUGGCGGAUGAUUUACUGAACUUUAAUGCACUUUUCAUGUGCCAUGGGAAGGCUCGAACGGCAAGCGCUGCGUCAAAAGAUCUGUCCAUUUCCAUUUCGCGGGAUCUCUCAAGACUUCUGCAACUAACGCGGAAUUUCACGGCCAGUGAUCCACGUGACAAGAUAUAUUCCUUGCUUAGUGUGGCAUCUCUCAAGAACUCUGCAUUGUUUCAGCCGCGUUACGAUAUGUCGGUAAGCGAUACAUACAUAACUUUUACCCUAGCUAUGAUUCAUGACGAGGGAAAUUUGAAUGUACUUUUAAGUAGUGGGGAAGAAGGCCGCAACAAAGAUUUGCCAUCCUGGUGUCCAGACUGGAAUUGUAAGCGCGGUGUAACCUUGAUAGGCUUCUACGACUACACUUCUUACUCUUUCAAUGCGGGCUUACGUCCUGACUUGAGUAAUCUGCAAAUGAAUGCGUACCGAGAAUUGGAACUUGAUGGGGCUCUGAUUGAUGUUGUUAAGGAGGUUCAUGAUCUCGGGGAACUAGCAGACGAACUUAAAACCUCUUUAGAACAUUUAAACUUUGCUUCUGUACUAUCAAAAUUUGCUCGCAAGUUUGGCUUGCACACCGAUCGGCUUCAAGAUGGACUCUCUCCUGAAGCGACACUACUUCGUACACUAAGCGCUGACCAUUGGUUUUUUGGUGCACACCUACGAGGAUCUUACAAAGAGCAUUGGUUCCCUACUCACUUAAGUUUCAGCGAACUGAAGCAAAAUAGGGGGGAAGACUUGGAGAAUGAACCGGUGCCUCGCAAAGUCGAAAUAAAACAGAGGAUCCUGCCCUACAGCUUGCAUCAAGAUUCUACGAAUUAUUCUGGACUAAGUAGCGGUAAUGAAACAUGUUUGAAUGAAAAUAAACCAGAACACCUUGAUUACGAGGUAGAGAGUCCAUUUACUCAUUCUGUGAUUGAUAUGGUCUACCGAAAAGCUUCCCCGUUUUAUGUCGAAGGCCAAGAUUUCGACGAUGCCAAAGAUGUAGAUCCGCUAACUUUGAAAACUAUUGCAAAGGAAGCGAUAAGCCAGGCGCUCUUCUUCUUCAAAGGUAAGCAUAUUUUGAUUACGCGCCGCGGCUUCAUAGCAGUUGGCUCGGCCGAGUCGCGAGUGGGGGAUAAUUUGUGUUCGUUUUGGGGCGCUGACGUACCGUUUGUCAUCCGAGAAAAUAAAGAUGGAAUCAAAAAGAAGCCGACAGAUUCCGCUUGCCGGAUCAUUUGUGAGUGUUAUAUAGAUGGCUUAAUGUAUGGUGAGCUUUUUCGCGUGGACAACAAAGAAAUCCCAAACAAAAGUCAGAACUUGAAAAUUCAACCAAUGGUCGACUGGCUUGAAAUAAAAAACUUUCGGGUUGGAUAA